GCCGCGGUUACGUAAUCGUGCGUGUUGUGUUGCGAAGCGGUCGACUUUAAAUCCCAUCCAAAAGUGUACAGUUUUUGCUGGUUUUUUGUUGAGUUUUUGUAUUGAAUACGUCACCGACUGUUUAGAGCAGUUUUAAGAGAAGACUUUGCGUUUCCCGACUCGGCGCUCAACACGGCAAGCUACUUCCGCCAUGGCAUUAGCCUUCAUCACUCGUACCGGAGCGUUUGUGGGACUUGCACGUAGUAAACCGUCGUUUUCUGGAGGUGUUUCUGGAGGAUCUCUGCUAGUGCAGCAAGUGUGUAAUUACGCCAAAAAAGCCAUGGGUUUGCCGCGUUGCUUUUUCGACCUAACUGCCGAUAACGCCCCGCUGGGCCGUGUCGUUAUUGAGCUGCGCACAGAUGUUACUCCAAAGACUUGCGAAAACUUCCGUGCUCUGUGCACCGGAGAGAAGGGCUUCGGCUACAAGGGCUCCACCUUCCACCGUGUGAUUCCGAACUUCAUGUGCCAGGGUGGUGACUUCCAGAACCACAACGGCACCGGUGGCAAGUCCAUCUACGGCAACAAGUUCGAGGAUGAGAACUUCAUCCUGCGACACACCGGCCCCGGAAUCAUGUCGAUGGCCAACGCCGGCCCGAACACCAACGGAUCCCAGUUCUUCAUCACCACCGUGAAGACCUCCUGGCUGGAUGACCGUCACGUCGUCUUCGGUAGCGUCGUCGAGGGUAUGGACGUCAUCCGGAAGGUCGAAUCCUACGGCAACCAGUCCGGCAAGACCUCCAAGCAGAUUGUGGUUGCUAACUGUGGUCAAUUGUAAAUUCUUAUUUCUUCAUUAUGUCUUUUUAUGAUUUUCCUUUAAAAGUAACUCAAUCAGCUUCUCAUUUCUGUUUUCUUGAUGUUCAACAUUCUCACACAAAAACUACAAAUAAACAAUUCGAAAUUGUAUUACACAACAGCUUCUCUCACGAAGAACACUAAAACCAAAUUGUACAAUCUAAAUGCAUUUUGUGUUUCCCUGAGGCCCGCGCGAGCUAAAGUAACAAUCGAAUAAAUUAAACUGUAAUUGCCAGCUUGAAGAACGUUCCAAAAAUAAACACGAUGUGGUGGCCGUCGCGGAAUGUUCCGCCGCGGUUCUACUUUUAUAACUAAACGCCAGUCCGAGUUUGUUUACCCCACCCCGCCAUUCCUCCCACACGAACCAAACCCAAAAUGGAAUAAAAAUGCGGAAGAGGAACUUUUCGCUACUAAAUACAACCAACCAGAAGAUUACGCGCAAGAUUUGUCGACCGACUUCUUUUUCUUCUCCCGGAGAUCGAGCGUUGUAAGAUUUUAGACUGUCCUUUGAGAAAGAAUUCUGAAUAUUUUUACUCAAGUGUGUGUGAAAACUAUUGAUCUAAUAGCAUCUAAAUGGUAAAGAUUUAGCAAUAAAGAGUCAAACACAAAACGAA